AUGUCUCCCCAGUCCUCAGCCCCAGUCCAGAGGACGGCGCCUAUCGCCAUUGCUCCUAAACCUCCUCGGCCAGAGCCAUCUGCUUAUCGCCAGGACAGCUUCCAUAGGCUCGAGAUGGGUCACGGAGUCGCCAGCUCUGCACCCGUUGAGGGUUCAUCCUUCAACGCCUCCUCCAUCCCACCCUGUCUAUCAUGUCGGUACUCUCGCGUCAACUGCAUCCUUAACGACGACGACGACUGCUGCAUCCAGUGCCAAGCUGCGGGCUCCGACUGUUCCCUUUCAUCCAGCCCUCAGUCCCGAAAAAGGAAGCUUCAUGGUGAGGCUAGUGAUGAUAUUAUCGGGAAAAGAAGUUCACCGGGUCUCGCAUCUAGGCGACGAAACCAUAACUCCAGCCUUUCCAGCACCGCCGCUAGCAGUUCGUUCCUGGAGGAGAUGGCCAAUGUUGGAGGCCCAACCAUGCUUAAACGUACGCUUGGCCUCCAGGAUGAUCGCUACAGCCAGUACAUUGGCCCGACCACAGACUUUGAACCUUCACUCAUCAACCUCUCCUCCUUUGAUCCCCAUGACGAAAGUCUACUAUCAAGAGGCACUCUUCGCAAAGUCAGCGAACACGAUACUUUCUUGAUGCUUCCUGACUCCAGCACUCCAGGACACGAACAUGUGACGCAAGAUGCCGAUCAUGUCGAAUCCAUCGUGGCUCCCCACGGCAGACGUCUCAUCGACAUAUACUUUCGAGUCGUGCACCCAGGAUUUCCUAUCAUCCAAAAACAUGUGUUCAUGGAAAAGUAUGAAAGAUCUUAUCGAGAGUUUUCACCACCAUUACUAGCAGCUGUGUACAUCCUUGCCAUCAAUUGGUGGGAUCAGAGUGAGGAACUGGCUGGCUUGCCACGACCCAAUGUUAGAGAGCUCGAGAGCAUCGUGCGUACAACCCUUGAUGAAGCCACUUUUCGACCCAAGCUUUCGACUAUCCAGGCUGGUCUACUUCUUUCCCAGAGGCCCGAGGGUGACCAGUGGGCCCCUACCGCCCAACUUGUCGCACUUGGUCAUGAAUUGGGGUUGCACCUGGAUUGUACUGGUUGGAAAAUACCACCAUGGGAGAAGGGCCUGAGAAAACGAUUGGCUUGGGCACUUUACAUGCAGGACAAAUGGGGUGCCCUAGUUCACGGUCGGCCAUCGCACAUUUUUGCUACUAACUGGGGUGUUCAGCCUCUAACAGCAAAUGACUUCCCUGACGUUGAAUGGGACGAGAACGAUCCGGAGGAGAAGCUCGAUAUUGAGAAGGGAAGGGUGUUGUUUACACGGGUGGUACAACUUUCGGAAAUACUCUCCGAAAUUCUGGACACCUUCUAUACUCUUCAAGCCAUGAACACGGUUGCAAAUGCAGGUAAACAAGGAACGCAACUCGUUCUGUCGCUUGCGAAACCCAUUCAGCUCAAAUUGAAGGAAUGGUAUGGAGGUCUACCACAAUUGAUUCGCCUCGACUCUUCAUACUCUUCUCUUAACCCUUCAUCAAACAGGUUGUCCAGUAUUGGAUAUCUCCAUCUGGCAUACUUUGCGGCCGAAAUUACGCUCCAUCGACGAAUAAUCCGGUCAUUGGCUUCUCCGUCUAGCUCUGUCGACUCGUACGUGCAGCACAUCUGCCGCAGUGCCGCCAAAGCACGCCUCAUUUCUGCCAUGGACUUUGUCAACAGACUCGGACCCAACCAUUUGCGUUCGUUUUGGUACUUCGCUUCCAAGACUAACUUUGCAUUGAUUGGUACAUUUGGAUCUCUCCUUUGGGCAACAUCACCUGGACGCGAGGAAGCGGAUUGGUAUCGAAGACGUUUGGGAGAGUAUAGAUGGACUCUGUCAGUUAGCUCCAAACCUGGGGAAGGCAAGGGUCUGACUGAGUUUGCGAUGACAAUGUUGGAUAUAUCCACAGGAUUGCUCAAGCAGCUCCCCGAAAAACCCUCCAUGAGUAGGAAUGGGAGUCAUGCGGACCUUUCGGUUUCCGCACCACCCAUUUUCAGUGGUGGCAUUCUGGACAGCCUGGGCAGCAGGCCAAGCGCGCCAGAAAUGAGCGCCAUGUAUAGUCCACGGACAGAUGACGAGGAAGAAGAGGAGGAGAUAGAUAGCAGUGACGACGAUAUGGAAGACUAUCCUCCACGGAUGUAA